AUAUUGCUAUUGGAUAGGUUUGAUAGAGAUCUGAAAUGGAGAACAGGGGUUGAGAUUGUUCCAUUGCAUUGCUCAAGUUCAAACGGUUUCAGAAUCACGUCCUCUGCUUUAAAACAAGCUUAUCAAAAGGCACAAAAGUUGAAUCUCAAAGUGAAAGGGGUCUUAGUAACAAACCCCUCGAACCCACUAGGAACAACCAUGACCAAAGCGGAACUUAACCUUCUAAUUGAUUUCGCAAUCGAGAAGAACAUUCACAUAAUCAGCGACGAAAUCUACUCGGGCACGGUCUUCGACCCACCCGAAUUCGUGAGCAUAAUGGAAGUUGUGAACGAGAGAACAAGUAGCAUCAACAACAUUCGGAAUCGUACUCACAUAAUAUACAGUCUCUCCAAAGAUCUCGGAGUACCAGGAUUUAGGGUGGGGAUGAUUUACUCUGAAAACGAAACGGUGGUGGCCGCCGCAACAAAAAUGUCAAGCUUUGGAUUGGUUUCAUCACAGACUCAACAUUUGGUGGACAACGUGCUGAAGGACAAGAAGUUCGCUUUUAAUUACAUUGAAGAGAAUCAGAGGAGAGUGAAGAGGCGCAUGGAGAUGCUAGUUUGUGGUCUGAGAAACGCAGGGAUUCAGUGCUUGAAAAGCAAUGCAGGGUUGUUCUGUUGGGUGGACAUGAGACAUUUGUUAAGCUCUGCGAGUUUUGAGGCAGAGAAGGAGCUUUGGAUGAUGAUUCUUUGCCAUGUUGGGUUGAACAUAUCUCCUGGCUCUUCUUGCCACUGCUCUGAACCUGGGUGGUUUAGGGUAUGUUUUGCCAACAUGUCCGAAGCCACGUUAAAAGUUGCAAUGCGGCGAAUGAAGGCUUUUAUAGAUUCAACCGUCUCUGUUGUCAACGACAACGGUUGUACUUGUGAGCAAUCUGUCAGGGUCAAUUGCUGAGUGGGGAAACUCGUAUGCUUCGUUAACCUUCUAUUCUCUCCAUUUCCAGAUUAUUGCAGGGGUGAUGAACAGUGAUGAUUUCCUAAAAUAUUAUACUGCAACAAAUCAUGUUCAGGAGGAGUUUCUUUCCACUUAUGAUUUUAUAUUCUUUCAAAUGCAAUUUAUGGAAAUGUUAUUACUAG